GGCGCCCUGCCCGGGGCGGGCCGAGCUCUCCCGGCUUUGCCGGCGCUCGCGGGGGAUUAGCGGGGCAAAACCGCUCAUCCGCUGCUGACCCCGAGGCGGGACUGCGGCCGGGGCCGUCCGGAGGUGGAGGAGGAAGGCGAAUCCAAGACACGGCCGCUGGAGGUGGCGCGGCCCCAGCCCCCUCAGCAGGGCUGGCUCUGCAGGGACCAGAGGUUUCGCUGCGGGAGCCAUCAUUUGAGAUGCUUCCAUUGACUGGGAAAACAAUAAUAUUUGACAGCUUCCCUGAUCCCUCAGAUACAUGGGAAAUCAUUGAGACUAUUGGCAAAGGAACAUAUGGAAAAGUUUUCAAAGUGUUAAAUAAGAAAAAUGGCAGCAAAGCAGCAGUCAAAAUUCUGGAUCCUGUUCAUGACAUUGAUGAAGAAAUUGAAGCCGAAUACAACAUUUUGAAAGCUCUCUCUGAUCACCCCAAUGUAGUCAAAUUCUAUGGCAUGUACUACAAGAAAGAUGUGAAAAAUGGAGACCAGCUGUGGCUAGUUCUUGAGCUGUGCAAUGGUGGAUCUGUGACUGAUCUUGUGAAGGGGUUUCUGAAGAGAGGUGAAAGGAUGAAUGAACUGAUAAUUGCUUACAUUUUACACGAAGCUCUGAUGGGACUUCAGCAUUUGCAUGAAAACAAAACCAUCCACCGUGACAUCAAGGGAAAUAAUAUCCUUCUGACCACUGAAGGAGGAGUCAAGCUUGUGGAUUUUGGUGUGUCUGCCCAGCUGACCAGCACUCGUCUCCGGCGCAACACCUCGGUGGGCACCCCGUUCUGGAUGGCUCCGGAGGUGAUUGCCUGUGAGCAGCAGCUAGACAGCUCCUAUGAUGCCAGAUGUGAUGCAUGGUCACUAGGUAUUACUGCAAUAGAGCUGGGAGAUGGAGAUCCACCCCUUGCUGAUUUGCACCCUAUGAGGGCACUCUUCAAAAUACCCAGGAAUCCUCCUCCAACCCUACAGCAGCCUGAACUGUGGUCACCUGAAUUCAAUGACUUCAUUAACAAGUGCUUGACUAAAGAUUAUGAGAAGCGUCCAACUGUAUCCAGUCUUCUGCAGCAUGAUUUUAUUAAGCAAGUUGAAGGAAAAGAAACCGUGCUACAAAAGCAACUCAUGGAAUUUAUUGAUGUUCACCAGCAAAUGGGAGUCACUGAAAAAGCAAGAUUCGAACGUAUUCAUACAAAGAAAGGGAACUACAGUAAGUCACUUGUGUCAAACCAGGAGGAGGUAGAUGAUUUAGCAACAUUGGAGGUACUGGAUGAGAAUACAGUAACAGAGCAGCUGCAGAAGGGUUAUGCCAAGGAUCAGAUCUACACGUACGUUGGGGACAUUCUCAUCGCCGUCAAUCCGUUUCGGAACAUAGAUAUUUAUUCUUCACAGCAUUCCAAACUAUACAUUGGAGCCAAGCGGACUGCCAACCCUCCUCACAUUUUUGCUGUUGCUGACAUAGGUUAUCAGUCCAUGGUGACAUACAACUCUGAUCAGUGCAUCGUUAUUUCUGGCGAAAGCGGAGCUGGCAAGACGCAGAGUGCUCAUCUUCUGGUUCAGCAGCUCACUGUCCUGGGCAAGGCCAAUAACAGGACUCUGCAGGAGAAGAUCCUCCAAGUGAAUAACCUCGUAGAAGCAUUUGGCAACGCAGGCACUAUCAUCAACGACAACUCAAGCAGAUUUGGAAAAUACUUGGAAAUGAAGUUCACUUGUGGUGGCACUGUAGUAGGGGCUCAGAUUUCAGAGUAUCUCCUUGAAAAAUCUAGAGUUGUCCACCAGGCAGUAGGAGAGAAAAAUUUCCACAUUUUUUAUUACAUUUAUGCUGGCCUGGCAGAAAAGAAAAAACUGGCACACUAUAAACUGCCAGAAUAUCGACCUCCCAGGUAUCUGCAGAACGAUCAUUUCAGAAUAGUGCAAGAUUUCAUGAACAACAGCUUUUAUAAGUCUCAGUUUGAAUUGAUUGAACAGUGCUUCAAAGUCAUAGGCUUCACACUGGAGGAACUUGGAAGUGUGUACAGUGUCCUGGCUGCCAUUUUAAAUGUGGGAAACAUUGAGUUCUCUACGGUGGUGUCUGAGCAUACAAUUGACAAGAGCAACAUUUCCAAUCCAGUAGCCCUUGAGAACUGUGCGUCCUUGCUUUGUAUUCAAGCAGAUGAACUGCAAGAGGCCCUCACCUCUCAUUGUGUAGUGACUCGAGGAGAAACAAUUAUUCGUCCCAACACUGUGGAAAAAGCCACUGAUGUCAGAGACGCCAUGGCCAAGGCGCUCUACGGACGCCUCUUCAGCUGGAUCGUCAAUCGCAUCAACACUCUGCUCAAACCUGACAAGCACUUAAGUGAAAAUGAUGAUGGUUUGAACAUUGGGAUUCUUGACAUCUUUGGCUUUGAGAAUUUCAAGAAGAAUUCUUUUGAACAACUCUGCAUCAACAUUGCCAAUGAACAAAUCCAGUUCUACUUCAAUCAACAUGUCUUCGCCUGGGAACAGAAUGAGUACCUCUACGAAGGCGUCGAUGCAAGAGUUAUAGAGUACGAGGACAACAGGCCCCUCUUAGAUAUGUUCCUGCAGAAACCAAUGGGUUUAUUGUCCCUGCUGGAUGAGGAAAGUCGGUUCCCACAAGCCACAGAUCAGACACUUGUCGAAAAAUUUGAAGAUAACUUGAAGUCAAAAUAUUUUUGGAGACCCAAAAGAGUAGAUCUAACCUUUGGCAUUUAUCAUUAUGCAGGAAAGGUUCUCUAUAAUGCAAGUGGAUUCCUAGCCAAAAAUAGAGACACUCUGCCAGCUGAUAUUGUGCUGCUGCUGCGAUCAUCUGAGAACAACCUGACACGACAGCUGGUAACCCACCCUCUUACAAAAACAGAAUCUAUACAGAAUGGAGUCCCAGGCAUCUCAAGCUGCAGGGGAGGGAUUGGUCUGGUCAAGUGCCAAGGAAGUGGUAGAGGCUUCUGUCAGGGUCCUCUCUUCAGGGUAGGGGAGCAAAAGAGGGAGUGGAGUGCAUCCCUUGGGGUGAGGACUGAACAGAAAGGAUCAGGUAACCUGGCACACACAAAAAGCAAAACUACAAUCAGUUACCAAAUGUGGACACCCCAGAAAUCAAUCAGUCAUACAAAGACUGAAGCAGGAGAUACUGGGCAUCAUCCAAGGGAGACAACCAGCAUGAAAACACAGACAGUUGCUUCUUAUUUUAGGUAUUCUCUGAUGGAUUUGUUAUCCAAAAUGGUUGUUGGCCAGCCUCAUUUUGUCAGGUGCAUCAAGCCAAACAACGACCGGCAGGCGAACAAGUUUGACAAGGAGAAGGUGCUGGUGCAGCUGCGGUACACAGGGAUCCUGGAGACAGCAAGGAUCCGAAGGCAGGGCUACUCACACAGGAUCCUCUUUGCUAACUUCAUCAAACGGUAUUACCUCAUCUGUUACAAAACAAAUGAUGAUCCUCCAGUCAGCCCAGAAACCUGCGCUGCCAUCUUGGAAAAAGCUCGCCUUGACAACUGGGUUCUUGGGAAAACUAAGGUCUUCCUCAAAUACUACCACGUGGAGCAGCUGAAUUUAAUGCGGAAGGAGACAGUUGAUAUGAUUAUUUUGAUUCAAGCUUGCGUCAGAGGGUGGCUGGGUUCCAGGAGAUACAAAAAAAUAAAGGAACAAAGGGAACAAAGUGCUAUUAAAAUACAGUCAGUUUACAGGGGGUUCGUGGCUCGGAAAGAAUAUGCAAAGGCAAAACAUAACAAAAAAGUGGAAGAAUGUGUUACCAGAUUCCAAGCAAUUGCCAGAGGAUACUUACUCAGAAAGAAGAGAAAGGAACUAACAGAGGCAAGAAACAAAGCAGCAGUAACAAUUCAGUCUCACUACAGGGGAUAUCAGGAGAGGAAGAUCUUCAAAAGGAGGAGUGAAUCACUUAGAAGGAGUCAAACUGAAAAUGAAGGAUCCAUUAGUGAAAAGGAUGAAGAAUUUGAAGAUCAUGAGGAGAGUCCAGUUGGGGUGAAGCGUGCCCUUCCUAAAACAGAAGAGGAGGCAGUUGUCAUCGUUCAGAGCCACUACAGAGGCUACAGAGUCCGCAAAAAAAUAAAGGAACAGCACCAAAACAUAGCAGAAGAAGAAUUAUCUGCUGUGGAAUUCCUUGAAGCACAACUACAGCCAGCUCAAAAUGAUUCACUGGAAGAAGACACAAAUGAGGAGACUCAAGAUGAAACUGAUGCUGCUGCUGAAAGUGAGUGCUCUGCACACAGUGAGAUGGAGAAUGCACAGCAGCAACAGGAAAGACCUCCUGAAAGAGAGGGAGCUUCUGUCAGGCAGAGCCCUGAAGCAGAACAUGUUGGUGAAGGUGAAGAAGAGGCCUCUUCUGAAGGGCUGUCCAGCAAAUCUUCUGUCGAAGUCACAGAUGAACCUAGUUCCCAGCAGGAGCAAGGUCAUCAGGACACACUCGGUGCAGGUGGGCAAAAUGAAGACUCUGCUGUGGUGCAGCCCAGGACUGCCAGGGUUGUGGAAAGAAACCACCUGAGACAUGAAGCAGUGGUGCAUACAGGAUGCAAAGGAAUUAUUAGAAAAGAGUCCCUGAGAGGCUCAUGGAAACAGGCUGAGGCAGAGAGACGAGGUCCAGAAGCCAAGGAGAAGGCAGCAGUGGUUAUUCAGAGCAGCUACCGUGGCUACAGAAGGAGGGGACAACUCAGGAGAGAAGGGAAACUGCCUUACAAAAGUCAAGAGAGAACCAUGAAGGAGCCAAUAGAAGCAGUCCUUCAAAAUAAUGAUCCCCAACAAACAAAAGACAGGGAAGGCUCCAGCAGAGAGGCUGAAGACUCCAAGCUGCUGAAGGCAGACUCAGAGAAAGAGGCUUGUGACUUGGCAGCCUUUUCACGGCAGAUAUCCAAAUUAUCUGAAGACUAUUUAGCAUUGCAGCAAAAAUUAAAUGAAAUGAUCUUGUCACAUCAGCUGAGACCUGUGAUGCUGUCCAAAGAUAAGCAAGCCAAUGGCCGACUUUCCUCUCAUGUUUGUCAGUCAGUGGCGGCCAAAGUAGAAGACUCUCGCCCGAUGCUGAGACCUCCAAGGAGGCCACGGAAGCCCAAGACAUUAAAUAAUCCAGAAGACUCCACCUACUACACUCUAAUACAUAAAUCAAUACAGGAUGAGAAACGGAAACCAAGAAAAGAAAGUCUGAGCAAAGUGCUAGAUUUAGAUAUCUACUACCAAGAAAUUUCAUCUACUGAUUCCACCUCAAAGGACAGCAGUUCCACCACAAGGAAGAAGAGACACCCAGUGGAGCGCAGGACUUCAGUUUUAAGAGCUACUGAGCGGUCGAGGAUUGCAGAAAGGCCCCUGGAAGAGAGUAAAGCCGAAGAUAAUCCCUAUGACUACAGACGGCUGCUGCGGAAGACCUCACAGCGCCGGCGCCUUAUCCAGCAGUUCUAGCUGCUGCUGCUGCUG